AUUGAAUUUUCAGUAGCAAAAUGAUUAAUUUAAAAUGGGUUUAUUCCAAAAACUAGUCAAUUUCUUAGGGGUGAGAAGAAGGGAAGUUAACGUAUUAGUGGUGGGAUUGAAUAAUAGUGGCAAAACUACGGUAGUGAAUAGUUUCAAAAGCGAAGAUGAUAAAGUUAGCGAUAUCGUUCCCACUGUUGGGUUCAGUGUUGAACGGUUCCAAAAUCAAAAUCUGGCUUUUACAGCCUUCGACAUGUCAGGUCAUGGACGAUACAGGGACUUAUGGGAACACUAUUACAAAGACUGUCACGGUAUAAUUUUCGUGAUCGACAGUAGCGAUCGUUUGCGUUUGGUCGUGGUAAAAGAAGAACUCGACCUUUUGUUGCAACAUCCAGACGUUUGCCAAAAAAAGAUUCCUAUACUGUUUUUUGCCAAUAAAAUGGAUUUCAAAGAGUCGCUGAGUAGCGUAAAAAUUGCCGCAGCAUUAGGUUUGGACAAAAUCAUGGACAAACCAUGGCACAUAGCCGCAAGUAACGCUUUAACGGGCGAAGGACUUCAGGAAGGAGUCGAAUGGUUGACACAACAAAUACGAGAAAUUUUGAGUGUGAAAGGUUAAUGAAUAAUAAUUUUGUUAACUAUGUUCAAUAAUUUAUGUAAUGAAACAAUUUUUUUUUAAUAAAUUUACGUAAUAUACCUACUAUUUUGUGUGACAU